AUGUUGCUCGCCGUUGCGCUAGCGUUAAUAACAACAGCAACGGCCAAGAAUGUCUUCGUCUCUUCACCUUUCGAUAAUUUUCGGAUAGAAUGUCCCAAGCGGGUGAGUCUGAUUGGCUACUUGUUGUUCUGUCCUGGUUCUUGAGCUGCAGCUCAAUUGUUUUUCAGGCCGCUGCUACUGAACUUUCGGUGAGAAUGGUUGAGUCGGUCGGCCAAAAACGUCAAGAUGUCGUUUUCGACUUAUCUUGUGAGACUAUUGAGCAGGUGAAAAAGAAGGUUCAAGUUUUUGAAAUAAACAAGAUUACAGCUUUAUCCUUGGGUGAACAUCCCUGUGGGAAUCUCGGAAAUCGAACGAGAAGAUUGUCGCUAUUCUGAGAUGAUCGAUCCAAUUCUGGACGAUAACACAACUUAUUCGUGUGCCUCACGUGAAUACAUGGCUGGCAUCACUCGUCUAAGUGACACACGGUUUUAUUUCUCCACAUUGGGUCAGAAGUCAUCAGAGAUCUCUUCAGAAUCCAAGUCAUGUGCUGUCGAUUGCGAUCUAGAGACGAGUUCAAUUGCGGCGAAACGACUUUCAACAAACCGAUUGGUCUAACGCGUAGCACUGUUAUUGAGUUAGUAUUAUGAACCGCUAACUUAACCCAAGACUCCAUAAUAAUUUUCUCAUAUUUAUUUGGAAGCUAGUGAAGAUAACUUCAGCAAAAAGGAAAACGUAAAUUUUUCGUUAUUAUUUUUCCCCAGUCUGAAAGUGCAUAGAGUGUUUUUUAUACCUUUCCUUGCAGAUUUAGAUUCCUCGAAUAAAUCAAAAACGUUCUUUGCAAUAUUAUACUUGGACAUAACCUUUUCUGUUCUAGAUUAUUAAUAUAAAAGCAGUAUGGCUGAACUUUUCAGACACGACGGACAGCUGAUAAACGCCAUUCGAGUCCACCUUCGGCAGUACGUUGUUCGUUUUUGUGAUCUCGCUCCACGUUCAAUUCGUGAGUGCGAAUGUCAUUGAACCUAAAUUCAUAAAAAACGUUUACAGCUGAUAUUUUCUCUGAUGAAAAGAUUAAAAGCACGACAAGAGCUCCCACUACAGUCGACCAGUCGGCAAAUGUGUCACGGCAAAAACAUGAUCCGAUGUACUUGAAGUAGUACAGCACAUAAAAAUUUUUCGGGCUUUCAGGAAAAUCGAAAAAUCACAAAAAGCGGAGAUUCCUGUGGUCCAACAGCAGAAGCCUGAAGAAGACUUUGUCUUGCAAGCUUCAACAGAAGGUCCAACAGAACCUCCAGUUGUUCGUGCUCCGAAGAAGCGCGUACGAGUUGAAACAGUCAAGACAGAAAGCGCUGAAGUUCCGACGCUCCCUCUUCUGGAGAUUUCUGACGCAGUCCACAGAGACGCCGUCACAGCGCCAGAAAAUGUUCAUUUAGAGCAAACUUUGCCACAACCUCCUCCACGACAAUUCACUCGUCACCGUCAAAUUCCUGUAAGUUUUUCAAAAAAUGUUUUUGCGAGACAUUUUUCGAUACAUGACGCUUUACUACCGAUUGAGACGAAAAAAGAAAAAAAAACCCCGAUUUUUUUUAUUUGAGAUGAAACAAGUAUAAAUCGGAAAACUUCUCCUUCAUCUCGAAAAUCAAUAAGUGUGAAGCUCUAAAAAAAAGAAUCAUUUUCAAUUUUUCUUUUCAGAAAGCCGUUCCCGUCUCACUACCUGCAGCUGCUCCAGAACCAAGAGAGCCAAUGGUUUCGCAAGAAGCGAUUCUGAAGCCAGAGCCUCCUGUACAUCAACAGCCUCAGCUUGUCAGCGGCCAACUUGUCGACGAUAUUAUCAGGUUGCUUGAAUCCUAGGAACAACUCUAAUCUUGAUGCAGAAAAAUUGCAAGCGCUCAAUCAGAACAGAAAGCAGCCCUUAUCUUCCAGCAAUCAGUGAAUGAACUACUGCAGAGUGCAAAUGAAAAACCUAUCGGUAUCAUGAAAUUCUAUAAAAUGGUCUUCAUUUGCAUUUUUCUCAGAGAAGCCAACAACCAAUGAACCUGAGAUUGUGACUGAUGGACCCCCAGCUGCUACACCUCCAUCUGAAAUGGGUAUUUUUGAACAAGAUGCACUGGAAAUUUAGAAAAACGUUCAGACCUAUCGAAAAUAACGUUCUCUAAUGAUGACUUUCCGAAGCCAAACGCUCAGCCUUCGGGAGGCGCGUUCCGCCCGCGGUACUUGAAAGAGCUUCUUGUAAGUUCCAAAUGGAAGAACCAGUAACUUCAGUGUAGGCGAAAUUAUUUUAUUUUAUCAUUAAACCAUGAUAGAUCUUUUUCUGUGCAUAAAAAGAAUGAAAGCCAAGCAAAAUGUGUAAACUCCAUUUGUUUGCCUCUUCCUGAAAAAUGGUUUUGCAGCCGUUACGACGAGAUUUGAGAGGAGAGAAGUUCUCGCCGCUUCAGAUGAUCAACGCCGAUGGCCACCGUCGUUCUCCAAUCCGCACCCAUCGUCCUCACGUUGUAAGCUUGGAUGAAACUGACAUCUCUGAAUGAGUGGCUUCUGCUUCUGCUUCGCACCUCCCGCCACUUCAAAAGUUAUCUUCCCUUAAAAUGGACGGCUUUCUUGCCUUGGUUUGAUACGUGUUCCUUGGAUCUUUGUUUUAUGUCUGCAAUAAACGUGUGCGUACCCGCUUUGUUUUGCUUUGCACAAGCUGCCGUUUUGCACUCGAAAGGUGACGUCGUGUCAAUGAAUCCGAGCUAAUUUAGGAUAUUUGGUCUUCUGAAGAAGAAGAAGAGGAGGAAAUGAGCCAAGUUAACGAAUCUGCCGAACGUUCUGUGGAGGCUGAGACAACGACCACAGCUCGUCCCAGAAGGGUCUGGCUUGUUUCUCACCCAUUAUGAAGAAUUUGAUGAGUUUCAAGGAAAAAAGAAACCAAUAAAAAAAUCAAUAAAAAUUCGAAAUUUCCCGCACUUAUAGUUUUCGCUUUUUAAAUUUUGGUAAUUUUAGAUAGUGAAGAAAAUAAUCAAAAAAGUGAUAAGAGCUCAUCGCUCCACUGUCACAUCGACGACGACAACUACAGCUGCCCCUCCUACUACCAAGCACUUGUCGAGCGAAUUCUUUACAUCCAUAGAAGAUGAGCUCUCGCGAGAAAACUUGGAAGAUCACUUCACAAAGUGAGCCCUAAGCAAGAAACAAACAAAUAUUUUCGCCGUUUAGACAUUCUCGUAGAUUCGGAAUGACGACGACGCCGUCCGCUAGAAGAGAUCUACCAGCUCGUCGCAAAGCCGCCGAAAACAGAGUUGACCAGCACGACAACGCUCGGGAAGUCGACGAAGAGACGCUUAUUUCUCCUUUCGAAGAUCUUCCUCCAACUGAAACUACCACGCACAGAGUAAGUUGAGCACAGCUGAAAAAAAAUACGCUAUUUAAAACUUUUUAUAUGAGGAUAUCUCAUCUUAAAGUUUAGAGUUCAAUUCAACUUUAUUAGAGAUUGAACAUCCUUUUGUUCUAGGUUUUUGCGAUCUCAUUGGCCUGUUUUUCUUGGUUCAUCAAUUCAAACAGAGUGUUUUCGCAAUUUUAAUUCUUAAAAAAUAUUACUAGGCGCGUGGGCUCCUUGCAAUUACGGCUUUUUCAACAUCGACAUAACUCUUCAUUUUUUUUUCUGAAAAAGACGUCAGAGUUUCAGCCUUCGAUCUCUCACGCGAAAUCAAAGAAUAGACCUCUUCCCAAGGUUGAUUUCCAAGAAGAUGAAGAUAUUGAGGAAGUCAUAAGCAAGGUUAGUUUUCCUCCUUUUAUGAAGCAAACAAGUCAAGAUGACCUUAUUAGCCCCUCUUAUGUCAUCGGGCAUACGGUGUCUUUUAAUUAAAUCCUCUUUGUUUAAGCGCUAUUUAUAGUCUUUAUUAAACUUCUGAGCGCUUGCUAAUUAGAUCGAAGUUUAAUGAAAGCGAAAUCAGCUUUUUUCAGCUUUCUGUGCGAAAACCUGAGAUCCGAAGAGCGCCCAUUCGCAACAGUGUUGCAGAGGCUCAAUUUGGCGAAAAAGAAGAAAGAAGUGAGAAAAUUAAUGUUUUUCAUCAUUUUUUCGAGUGUAGAUCAGAUUGAAAACGAUCGCACUAUGGAGCGAGUUCAAUUGGACAAAGAUGGCGUAAAAACGCACAUACCUCAAAAUGAAGAGCCAAUCUGUAAGUGUCAACCUUUUAAACCAGUAAUCGUCGAGUUUUUAAGUGAUGACGACUUUGAAAAUUUCGAAAAAUCUGGAUCCGGAGGAAAGCAAUUCUGAAGACGACGAUAGAAAAGUUGAUCUUCAAGGUUCUUUUCUUUUUUGACCCUCUCCAAAUCAAAUUUUCAGAUAUCGGUUUAGUUCCCAUGGACUCUCCAAAGUCCGAAGAAAGUGAGAAAAAUGUAAGUUCCCACUCUCAACCGUCUAUCCUUGCAAAUCGUGCGAAAAACCUGAAGCAGUAAUUUUCUCAAGCUGUAACUCCAAAUUAUGUUUCUGCUUUUUUAUAAUUUUCAACGACGUAGGCCUUGAAUUAAUUUUUUGUGUCUGUAAUUACAUACAGGAAGCUCACGUUUAUUUCACAUGAAAAAUGGAGAUUAGUUCAAAAUUGCUGAGAAGCAAAUUAUUGCCAGUGCAUCGUAGUAUAAUGGUGAGUAGGAGAAAAAUGAGGCAAAAUCAACAUGUGAGCACGAAAUAAGGAAGAAAAUUUGAAUUGCGCAGUGUUUUUAAACUUACAUACGUAGAAGCCAGCCUUAAUUGGAUAUAGAAGAAGUUGCAAGCAUAAUAAUAAAAAAGAAGAAAGUGAGCCACUCAUCAUCGCAGAGAAUCCAAAUAUAUCUUGUAGCGGAGGAGGAAAUGUGCCAGCAAAUAAAUAUUAAUCAUUAGCCAAACUCUUCCAAACAAGAAGUCACGUAGGAUGUUGACAACUUUUUUCUCAGUAUAUCUAAUAUGGAUCCAAAAAAUGAGAUUAGGACUGGAAUGUACUUUGGAACAUUCUCUCGGAGUUUUUCACAGCUAUCAGUAUUUGAAGUUCAUGAGAAACUGUAAUUAAAGUUUUUUUAUUCUUGUGCGUUGAGUGAGCUUGAGAGAAAACAAAGUGAAGAAAGGUGGAAAGUCUGGAAACUUAUUUAAAGUAAUAUACUCUUCCAGGAACUGAUAACUGAAGAAACAACACGACCGCCGGCCACGACAACCACCGUAUAUGACCCCUCAAACUUCUACAGAACGCCACGGCCGAAGCCAGCCAAAAAGGAGAAAAGUGAGUGGGCGACUCGUUGGUAACGCAAAUUACUCUGAUGCACAUUACCAUUAUGGGAUGGACCUUGGAGCAAAUGGCUUCAACGGCCAGCAAAUGGAAACAAGCCAUUGCUGCCGAAUAUCUAAUCAAACGAGGAUUUACUGCGUGGGAGGGCGCCGAAAAACUUCUUUUUUCUUCGAACCUCUCCAGAAAAAUAUUUAAAUUUCGAGGCAAAUUUGAAAUAUAACCUUGCAGAAACUUCAAAAAAACCUAAAUUUUUUUAUUCUUCAAAGUUUUGCAGUUGGACUUCUGACGUAGAUGAAUUUUUAAUAAAAUCGUGCCAGUUUCCGUUUUUUUAGAUUUCUCUUGAACUCCUGGGCAUCAUGAAAAAAGUUGCAGCUUUUCAUUCGUGUCGUUCUCUUGAUUCCAUUUCGAACUCUUAACUCUUUUCAAUAAAUUAUUCAUAAGAUUUUCUGCGCGUUCACUUAGUUUCCGAGACUUUUGAACUCUUUCACAAUAACAAGAAGUCGGCGUUAUUAUUCCAAAGUGCUAAAAUUCUGUGUGCAUUUCUAUUGAGAUUCGAAUUAGCGCAACAAACUGAAAGACAUAGUUUUUCUUCCUGCUGAAAAAACAAAAUGGCGCGAAUAGGCAAAAAUGGCGGUUAUCAAAUCACAUAUUUCGUACAAGUAACAGAGAAAAUUGCAGCGUUUCCCUAACAGCUGUUAUUUCGAAAAGAGAAAAUGCCGCUCUUUGCAUUAUAAAUUGAGAGAAGAUUCUGAACCUCAAGGAAAAGUAAGAGCAAUUUCACGAGAUACAGUUUCAGUCCUACGGUUCUGCUCGAAGGAGUUGGCUCUACGUGACCAGUCGAACAUGGUGAUCGCCUGUGGCUUGGAUGCCGACGUCUGGGUUCCUAGCCGGUGUCCUCAAAAUGCCGACUGCUUCCCUUCCCACGACAGUCUCUACCGUAUCUGCUGUCCUGUGCACCAUGGCUGA